CAACCAAACGAGCUCCUUGGUGGCGACGCAACGACUGCUUUUUUCCUUUCCCCGUUUAUCCAAUUUCAUAUAUCUAUUAGUUCUGCAAUCUCCUUCCUCCGCGACCCGAAACCUAGACGCACUUACGACCGGAAUCAGCUUCCAUGGCUUCUACCCGUCCCACCUCACCGGCAACGAGGCCUCUUGAAAUCGAGAUCACCGUCGUCUCGGCAAAGCACCUGAAGAACGUUAAUUGGCGCCACGGUGAUCUUAAACCCUAUGCUGUCGCCUACAUCGACCCUGAGCGUCGAUCUGCCACCAAGUCCGAUGACGCUGGAUCCACGCGUCCCGUAUGGAACGAGCGCCUUGUUCUCCCACUUCCCUCUCCCCUCCACCAUGACUCGCCUCUCAUCCUAACCUUAGACAUUUUUCACUCCAAGCCCUCGGAAACUCCCAAACCCCUCGUCGGAACAGCGAGGUCACCGCUGAACGACCUUAUGGAUCUUGAAGAUCCUUCUGGAACCCCUACUCCGAUUCUCACGCUCGGACUUCAGCGCCCUUCCGGCCGAAUCCAAGGCAAAAUCCGCAUCAAGCUGGCCAUUCGUGAGCGACCCUACGCGCCGGAGCCUAAUUAUUCAAUGCCUCCUCCUAAUAUUGGUUACUAUUACUCUGCCCCUCCUCCACCCCAUCGUGACUACCGCUCCUUUACUUCUCCUUCUCCAUACAACCACCCUAUCCCGCCGCCUCCCUCCCAGUAUCCUUAUAAUAACUACUCCGAUCCGUACUCUGGGUACUACUCGUCUGCUUCGGGGUACUACUCUGCCCCUCCUGCUCCGGCGGCAGCUGCUCCGCCGGCUAGGCCGCCUUACUACGAUAGGGCAUCUGGCUAUGGGCUAGGUCCUUCCGCUCCACUGGACUACUCGUCCGCGACACCUUAUGAACAGAAGCAGAAGGGGCCCAACAUGGGAUUUGGGGCUGGAUUAGCAGUUGGUGCUGUGGCGGGGUCGUUGGCUGGACUGGCGCUGGAAGAAGGGCUGAAGCAUGAGGAAGGAAAGAUUGCAGAAAGGGUCGAGGGUGAUCUGGCUACGAGGGAGGAUUACAAUGAUUAUCGUGCUGACUAUUGAGAAUAUGCCUGCUCUUUUUCACGAUGUUAAAGAUGGUUGAAGUUCGUAGGUUAAGGAGGUAAGGAUGAAUAAAAUUGUUCGAGUUCGCAUGAAAAUGUUCAAAUCCAAGUCUAAUAUGUAAAUAGCCCUAUGUUGCCGACUUGAUUUUUAUGCUAUUGUUGUAUGGAUCUUGCAUUGCGUUCUCUUGUUGUGCAAAAUUUUAUAUAUCUAAGAUGGUGGUUUGUCUUAGUAAUAUAUGCAUUCUCUUGGGAAGUUCUCUUGGA